AUGCCAAGCACUUGGGCAAAGAAGUCAUGGGAAAAAUGGGAGAGAUAUGGACAUGGACCACAUGGAUAUCCUUAUGAGAAAUGGAAUUGGUGGGAUUCAUGGGACGACCCCAGGUCAUAUGGACAGAAGUCCUGGAACUCGCGGAAAGCGGAUUUCCGUGAGAAGCCUCAUGAUUCCCAGAAAGACUCAGACCAAGCUUGGGCAGAAAAAGAUUCAAACAAGCAGGAGAAGCCUGAGAGAAUAGAUGAGGAUGAUGCCAGAGAUGCAAAAGCUGAGUCUGCCAAAGACUCGGAGGACCCGAAGGUAGGAGAAGAACGCCCUGACAAGCCAGGUACGGAUGAAGCUGGUUUUCCAGGUCUCACGGGAAGACGGAAGCUUUCAGGAAAGGGUGAAAAGGGUGAAGCCUCAGAUAAUUGGCCACCGCAACCUGACUACAUGUGUGACCCAGGCUGGUUCGCAUGGAAUGCAGAGAUGGCGUGGGCUUUUGGUGCUGAAGCUUGGCCAGGUGAGUUCCAUCCCUGGGACUGGGACGACAAGGAGAAGUCCGGUGAGAACGGCGGUGACGGCACCGGCGGCACCGGUGACGAGACCAUGGAGAAGUUGGCCUCGGAAUGGGAAAGGCCUGGCUGGCAAGGCCAGCCCGGCUUCGGGAAGAGACAUGAGCUUGUGCCCAAGAAGGCAAAUCUCAAGGAGCAGUUUGAGAAAGCGGAGUCCAAAUCCGUCACAACCCUGAUGCUGAGAAAUGUACCCAAUGCUUAUGACCGUGAGACCCUGAUGGAAGAACUUGAUCAUCUUGGGUUUGCAGGAUGUUUCAACUUCCUCUACCUUCCAAUUGACUCAGCCACAAAGAACAAUGUUGGCUAUGCUUUUGUGAACUUCAAUGAUGAGAAGACCGCUGAUGAUUGUAUGAACAACAUGAGCGGCUAUUUCUUCAAGGGGCAGCCCUACAACAGGAGGAGAGCUGCCAUUGUCUCCGUGGCCCACCUGCAAGGCUUAGAAGCCAACUUGGAGCAUUACAGUCGAACCCAGGUCUUCUUCGCCCCUCUGCCGUGUCAACGGCCGUGGGUUGCGCCAGCGGCAGCCCAGGCCCUGCUGGAGAAAGGCGAAGCCGCCUGGGCUCCCCUGGGCUUUGCCAAACUGGUGGAGGAUGCAGCAGUGCGUCCCGGGACUGAACAGGAUGAUCAAUCCUUCUCUCGGCGACGCAUGCGAGAGCAAUGGUGGGGAGCUUUCCCCGGAUGUUUCGAUUGCUCCUAUGAGAUGUAUGGAUACUUUGACAAUUUCGAUGGCGUCCCUCCGGGCUUGAUGCCUGAGAACUUGAGUCUCACUCAAUACCACCAUCCCGGGCAGGUCUUGAGGGAAGAGCUGACUGCUCCGGAGGCUGAAAGUAAAGAAGACAAGGCGGGCGAUCUCGUGGAUGCCUUGUCACAGAUGCUACGGACAGGCAGUCAGCAGGUGCCAGUGGAUGAUGAAGAGGAGGGAGAGCUAACAAUGAUGGGAGAGCUGAAACAGAUGCAAUCCAUGGGAUGGUUUGGCUGGGAAUUCUUCGAUGGCAUGGAACGGAGUUGCUCACUUAGUGCUGUGAACAGCUCAGGGAUGAGCGCACCCAGCUAUGAUGAUCAGAGCCCAUCCCUUACCAAUGGCUCCCUGGUUUUGCUCAAUGUGCCCUUGACUACGACAGAGUGGGAUUUGCGGCAGAUCAUUGAACAUGUUGGUGUUCAUGCACCCAUUACCGUCAAGUUUGAGCCAGGGGCAUCCUCAGAUAUCAACAAGGUGACCUUGCACUUCAGAAACAAGAUUGACCUGGAGAUUGCAGAUGUCACUUUGAGAGAGACUUCCUGGGAGGAUGGUGGAGCGCGCAUACAGAUUUAUCGCUCCGAAAAUGGUGAUGGAUGUGAUGGGACAUGGGCUGGCUAUCCGGCCAUCCCAGCCAUGCCUCCAUGGGAUUACGGCCAUAGCAGAUCCUGGUUCUCCAAAGAGGAUGGUGACAGUGAGCCGCGAUCAAAUUCAUUGGCCAAUGCUGUGGGCAUUGGGAAUGACGACUCUUCCUCUCCGUGCCCACCAGAGCCAAGCUUUGAGCAGGGCACAGAAUUUGAGAAAGACUGGCCAAAGCUUCCUGCAGCGCGUAACAAAAUCGCAGACGUACAAGCGAGCCAAGCUGCCUCGUGCGCAUGA